UGGUUAGUAGUUGGAAGUGCCUUUUCGGUGACGAAUUUACAUGAAGCCUGCUAGCUAGUUAGCUUACUAGCUUCUAAAGUGAAGCUCAGAAACCGUUAUCUUGCAACAACCUUUAGAAACACCGAAUUUCACCUUUACUAUCUCAUUGACAAUGUUGUUUUCCCCGAACAGUUUGGGGGAAUGCCUUCAGGAAUGGGAAGAUUUAGAAAAAGACUAUCAACAAAUCCAGGAGACACAUCGGUUAUAUAAACAGAAGCUGGAGGAGGUCUCAAAACUACAGGACGCGUGUUCCACCUCCAUCUCACGGCAAAAGAAAAAGUUGAAGGAGUUGUCCGAGUCACUUGAAGAAUGCAGGCAAAAAGGAGGGUCAGAGAACUUGACUACCAUAGAAGGGAUUCAGGAGUGCAUGAAGGGGAGGCCGAAUGUGUUCUUUGAAAUGGAGGCCUUCCUACCAAAGAAGAAUGGGUUAUACCUCAGCCUUGUCCUGGGAAAUGUGAAUGUCAUUCUGCUAAACAAGCUCUCCAAAUUUGCCUACAAAGAUGAAUAUGAGAAAUUCAAACUGUGCCUGACCGUACUGCUGCUAAUCUUCUCCUUCACCUGUCGCUUCGUGCUCAGCUACAGGGCGGUGGACGCAUUGUUUAACUUCCUGUUGGUCUGGUACUACUGCACACUCACCAUUCGUGAGAGUGUCCUCAUCAGCAACGGCUCAAAGAUAAAAGGCUGGUGGGUGUUUCAGCAUUAUGUCGCAACCUUCCUGUCCGGGGUGAUGCUCACAUGGCCAGAGGGGGAACUGUACCAGAUGUUCAGAAGCCAGUACCUCGAAUACUCCUUAUAUAUAAACUUUGUGCAGUUCCUGCAGUACUACUACCAGAGUGGCUGUCUGUACAGGCUUCGAGCACUGGGCGAGAGGCAUACCAUGGACCUGACAGUAGAGGGCUUCCAGUCGUGGAUGUGGAGAGGCCUGACCUUCCUGCUGCCCUUCCUGUUCGGUGGUCAUUUCUUCCAGCUCUAUAAUGGAGUGACUCUCUUCAGGAUGAUGCAGCUCCCUGAGUGUAAGGAGUGGCAGGUUCUCAUGUGCAGCGCCACAUUCCUUGUGCUCUUCAUGGGCAACUUCUUCACCACGCUGGGGGUCGUCUACCAGAAAUACAUGAACCAGGACAAAGCCAAAGAUGUUUAAGAGGAAACGAGAAAGGGUUGUGACCCAGGACCCACACCCUAGAUAGGAAAUGACUCUGGAUCAGUUUAGGCCCGGUUCUCAACUUCUGGAACCAUGCCAGAUCAUGUCUGAUCCAUCUCCAGGGCCGUCUGCUAUCUGGGACUCUGUGAUAAGCUCACCACUUCAGGAAUGGGAUCUCUCCGAAAAGUGUAUUUUUUUUUUGUUUUGUUUUGUUUUUCACUUUUGUAUGUCGUAUUUGUAUUCUGAACUUUGUUGGUCUUUGUCAUGCAAACAGUUUACAUGUACCUGUUGACCUAGUGUAUUGAAACAUGUGUUCCUAAUGGCUUCGUGUGUGUGUGUGUGUGUGUGUGUGUGUGUGUGUGUGUGUGUGUGUGUGUGUGUGUGUGUGUGUGUGUGUGUGUGUCUUAGGGAUGGACAGAGGUUGCUCACUGUUGUCUGUAAUGUACAGCACUAUGAAUGUGUUCGUAGUGAACAGCUUAGAUUGUUACUGUACAAUUUUCAUCCCAUUUCAAAAGGGAUUUAAACCGUUUUGCUGUGCUCAGAAACCUAGCAUGCUGUCUGUGCAGGUGUGACUACAGGUAAUCAUGUCUUCUUGCACUCCAUGUGUAAAAUAAAUUAUAAUAAAAAAGCCAUCAUGACCUCUGA